GAAUCAGAUAGCUCCGAGCUUGUAGACACCUCAUUAGUAAAUGCCGAUGUCUCUGGAGUAGCAGUCGACGAAAGAACCAAGCGUAUUCAUCGACGCAUUCAGCGCCAUUUGUACCACCUCCAGCAGCGCUGGUCGGGACUUAACACAGCUCUUCUCGAAUAUCAGGCUCAACUUGACGUGGUUUAUCAGCAUGCCUAA